AUGUAUGUAUUAUUGGAGCUCGAGCUGUGGUCGUUUGGUUACAAUAUGGACAAGGCAUGGGUUUGGCUUCCAAGGGCUAGCCUUGAGUAUGUCCAAGGAGCAACCGAUUUUGUUAGUCUAUCAACAAGAAGAUUGGGUAAUCCAGCCGAGAUGUUUUGUCCUUGCGAUCAAUGUCGCAAUGUUUGCUAUCAGCUGAGAGACACAAUAGUGGAGCAUCUAGUGAUUAAUGGUAUGGAUCAUAAAUAUAAGAGGAGCUCUUGUUGGACCAAGCAUGGAGAUAUAAGGAAUGAUAGCUCAGAAAAUGUUCCCAUAUCAGAAACAGAGGCUUAUGAGCUGCUUAGGACUGCUUUUUUCUGUGGUGAAGGGAAUCCACAGUCAGCGAAUGAUAGUGGAGGUGAAUGCAAAGGCAGUGACACCAUAGAGGAAACUGCGUUUAGAAAGAAACUGAAGGAUGCAGAGACGCCUUUGUAUCUAGAGUGCCGGAACUACACCAAAAUUUCUGCAAUAAUGGCCCUAUAUCGCAUAAAAGUGAAGAGUGGAAUGUCUGAGAACUACUUUGACCAGCUGAUGACAAUAGUUCAUGACAUGCUUCCUGAAGAUAAUGUGCUUCCUAAUUCAACGGAGGAGAUAAAGAAGUUCCUGAAGAUAUUUGGGUUUGGGUAUGAUAUCAUUCAUACAUGUAAGAAUGACUGCAUUCUGUAUCGGAAGCAGUACGAGAGCAUGGAAAGUCGCCCACGAUGUUGUACUUCUCGGUGGGAGAUGGACAAACACAGUGGCGAGGAGAAGAAAGGGAUUCCAGCAAAGGUCCUCAGGUAUUUUCCCAUUAAGGACAGAUUCAGAAGGAUGUUUAGAUCGAAAAAGAUGUCCGAGGAUCUGCGCUGGCACUCCAGCAAUGCUAGUGAAGAUGGUACAAUGAGACAUCCGGUUGACUCUUUAACUUGGGCCCAGGUGAAUGAUUCAUGGCCAGAGUUUGCUGGUGAACCUAGAAACUUGAGACUCGGUCUUUCUACAGAUGGGAUGAACCCUUUCUCCACUCAGAAUACCAAGUACAGUACAUGGCCAGUGUUGCUAGUUAGCUACAACAUGUCUCCGACUAAGUGUAUGAAGGAUGAGAAUAUUAUGUUAACUAUGUUGAUUCCAGGACCUACUGCACCGAGUAACAAUAUUGACGUCUAUCUAGCACCACUGAUAGAUGAUUUAAAGCAUUUUGACUAUCCUGGAUUAGGGACAUUGGCUGGAUGUAAAGUGAAGGGCAAACAAGCGUGUAAUGUUUGUGGGAAGGAUACUCCUUCUAGAUGGUUACAGUUUAGCCGGAAGUACGUGUAUAUGGGCUACAGAAAGCGACUCAGACCAGGUCAUCCUUACAGGCGCAGGAAAGCAUGGUUUGACAACACAAUUGAAGAAGAUACUUCAAAUAGAAUACAAACCGGAGCAGAAAUAUUUGACAUUCUUAGUGAGUUUAGGAAUGAUUUUGGAAGACCUUUUGAUAAGGAAAUGAAAAGAAAGAGGUCAGAAUUGUGUGAAGAAGAACUUGCUUCUGAGGAAGAAUAUGAGGAAGACAGUGACCAAUGGAGAUAA